AGUUGGCAUGCCACUUUUUAAUGUCACAUUGUCAUUGUUGUGUCACCUUAUUUUACGUAAAUUUACGUCAAACAAAAUUGAACAAAAUAAUGUGAAUAUUUAAUUGAAUAAAAGAUUGAAUAAUGAAACUGUGAAAAAAAUAAUCUAGCAAAUAUGGAGAGCGUUACAAAUUUUUCUGUAUCGCUUAUCAAGGGUUUCGUGGACAGCUUACGGGGUGUAACAGUGCUGUUGUACCUCGACAAGGAAAUAAACGAGCGUGCUUUAAGUCGCUCCCCGCCAACAGAAAUUGAUAAUGCCAAAAACAAACAAAAACAACCGAAGUUAAAACAGGAAUCUAAAGUACUUACACGAGUGUUACAAUCAUGCAUCUUGAAUGGUUUUAUAUUUUUGCUUAGCAUACUAGUUUUUGAGUAUGCACUGUUGCCUGCGGUAAAGUACUUAGUGAUAGCUGUGUUUGGCCACAACCCCGGUGUGGCGCACAAUGUGUGGGCAUGGAUGCAGCCGUUCCUGUCCAUGACCUUCCGGAUGAUAUGGGUGCUUCCCUUGUUCCUGUUGAGUAAACUAGUCAACAGUUUAUGGUUUCAGGAUAUAGCAGAUAGUGCCUACCGCCACAGACGGGGGCGGCCUCAGUUCAUGUCUAGCGUGAGCAAAAUUAUUGCUGACUCACUCUUCAGUCUGCUGGUGCAAGCCUUGUUUUUAGUACAGAGUAUGUUAGUAAGUAUGCUACCAAUAGCGUACAUAGGCGAGCUUCUAUGCCUGAUUCACAUGUGCCUGCUGUACUCUCUGUACUCGUUCGAGUACAAGUGGUUCAACAUGGGCUGGGAACUCCACAAGCGGCUUACCUUCAUCGAGUCCAACUGGCCAUACUUCCUUGGCUUUGGACUACCACUCGCCGUACUUACGCAGAUUCCACAGUCUUAUAUUAUUAGCGGUUGCGUGUUCUCUAUAUUCUUCCCUGUAUUUAUAUUGAGCGGUAAUGAGGCUACGCCCGUUAUAGGAAGCGAAUAUCCUCUACGCCUAUUCUCGCCAGUGGUGGCGAUUUCCAACGGACUGUUCCGUUUCGUUCGCCAGGGAGCCGAUGUAGUGACACAACGGAAUAGGUGACUGCCAACCGACACCUAACUACUAAGCUAUAUAGUAUAAAGGUAGGGAGGCAGGGUUGUGCAAAACUAUAAUCUUGUGAUAUGAACAUUAUUUUUGCAUUGAUCUUUUUUACUAGAAAUGUUCGUUUAAAAUAUUAUUGCAUUGCAUUGGUCUUUGUAAAUGGCAAAAUUAAAGAUGAAAAUGUAUUUGGAUAGUUUUAUUUUUUGGCAUAUUUUAUCUAAAUUGUGCUUUUAUAUGAUUUGGGUAGGAUCAAAAUAUUUGAGUUGUAAACAUACGUUACAACAGUUUGCAUAGUUGGCGCGGUGGCUAUGUAACCAGCUGCCGCGUAACGUGUAGUGCGUUAGAUUCCCGCACGGAGCAACUUUUUGUGUGAUCCACAAAUUGUUGUUUCGACUCUGGGUGUCAUUGUGUAUGUGAACUUGUAUACCCACGACAUAAGAUAAAAUCCCAGAGUGGGGCAAAGUAUUUUUAUUUAAAAAAGAACUUGUUUUUCUCAAAUAAAUGUCAAACCAUAUGUUGUGGUACUGGCUUUAAAUGUAUUUUAGACGUAGAACACACAAAUAUGUCGUUAUAUCUACAUAUGUACCUAAUCAUGUUGUACAAUACAAUAUUUUUUAGUAAAUCAUCACAUUUAUAUUGUAACUAGUCAGUUCGACCUAUAUUUUUAUAUUUUAAGUAAUAAUAAUAUCGAUAGUUGAAAGGCUCAUUGAUCAAAGCGACAUUUUUUCGAGUUCUAUAUACAUUCGAUGGAGAAAAAAUCGCUAAUUCCGAAUAUGUAUUUAACUCAAUUUCACAAAAAAAAUGUCGCUUAGAUCAAUUAGCCUUUCAAGCGUCAAUAUUAAGAUUCAUUGAGAACUUAACAUCUCAAUGAAUAAUAUGAUAACAGGUACAUAAACAGGAAAAACUAAUUUUAGUUUAAUGAUUUUUUCAAAUUACAAAUAUACAUAUUAAACCGACGUGAAUUAGAUAAGAAAAUAAAAGAUAUUCCUAGAUCUUUUAUUUCAGUUAUUAGAUAAAUAAAAAAUGCAUGCUAAUUUAGUUUUUAAGUAGCACAAUCUGAUUUCAUACUACCUGUAUAAUAUAGCUAGUUACUUACCGAACCAUACUAAACAUAAACAUUUUAAAUGCAAAAUUUUACAAGUUACAUAUCAAUAGGAAUUUAUAAUACCUCGCAAAACUCUAAUAGUAAAUAAAAAAAAAACAAAUAUUUUUAAACCAUAUAACACAGAUUUUUGCACCGACUUCAAAAACAGAAAGUUCAGUUUUAUUUAUUCACUAUUUUAUGGCAAAUUCUAUUUUAUUAGUACAAUUAUAUUUUUAUAUAAAAGUGAAGCCAAAAUAUAGUUGUGCGUAUAUUUUGUAACCAUUCCUUUAGAUGAAAAUUGUGGGAGGUGUACCAGAAUGGUUACCAAAGAGUUUUCUUAUUUUGCGCUCAGCAUUUGGCGCUAGUGAGGAAAAAGAUCCUAUUAUUGUAUCAAUUGGAUCUUAUAUCAUAUUGUCUCUUCUCUAUAUUAUUAUAUAAAAAUCAAUUACUGUUCGUUAGUCUCGCUAAAACUCGAGAACGGCUGGACCGAUUUGGCUAAUUUUAGUCUUGAAUUAUUUGUGGAAGGUUUAAAAGGUGAGAAAAUAAUGUUUGAGGCGGUACGAAGUUUGCCGAGUCAGCUGGUAGUUUAUAGAAUUAUGUCUAUUUUUUAGCGAAAAUUUAUUGUAUGUCUCAAAACUUAAUUGCACAACCCUGUAGGUGACUGAGAGGCAUAGUGUUGUCCAAAAUAUAUUAUAUAUUAUAAAUAUUAUGUAUAUUGUUCUCAUAUUGAUGUUCGCAUUGCUCAUGUUGUUGUCGAACGGAGGGGAUUGAAUGACUAUCCAAUAUUUUAAGGUUAGGUAUAAUAUAAUCAUGCAGCUAUAUUUGGUGUAAGCGAUUAUCAUCUGUGUUAGAAGUUAAUAAAGUUCUGUUUCGAUAUUUAACCUCUUGUCUGUUGGUACGUAUAUGAGUCAUAAUGGAAAACACAUAGAGGCACACCACGGGUUAAGGUUGCUUAUUAUUGAAAUGGCGUAUUUAGGAGCUUCAACUACGUUUUUUAUUUAUUUUUUUCGAUAAAGUAAACCAACUAUGUAAAUAUUGACUCCUUCAAAGGAAGUAUAGAACAUAUUUUACAGAGUUUAUUUACUCGUAAAAAUAAUAUUGUCUCACAUUUAAUUUAAGAAAUACUGUUGCAGUUAAAAGUGAGCUUAAAUAAUAAACAAACACAGAUGAUAGUGGUUCCCUCUAUAUUUUACUUUAAUAUAUUUUUCUCGUGAAGUUUUAGAAUCAUAUUGGAUAGUCAAUCAAAAGUUAAGUUUUAUAUUAGGUAUAUCAAAUGGUGCCUGGAAUUAUUACAAUGUUUAAACACGUAAAUAUGAGUAAUCGCUUCGUGUAAUGUGUAAUUUUAGAUUAUAUUACAAAUAAUUACAAUCAUUCUCAUUUAAUUAGAUAUGUCUGAAAUUGUGAUUGAUUUUUUUUACAUGACAUUAUUUAUUAAACGGACUGACUGAUCA